UGUAGAUUGCUUCUACAAACAUUUGUGAAAGAAUGGGUUGCUCUGAAGAGCUCAGUGAAUUCAAGUGUGGUACAGUGAUAGGUUGCCACCGGUGCAAAAAGUCCAUCCGUGAAAUUUCUGCUACUAAAUAUUCCACAGUCAGCUGUUAGUGGUAUUAUACCAAAGUGGAAGCAACUGGGAGACUUCCAAACUUCAUCAUGCCACCACUUGACUCUAGUGCAAACGUGUUCUCUGGAGUGACGAAUCACUUCUCUCAGUCUGGCAAUCCGAUGGACGUAUUGGGUUGCCGGGAGAAUUAUACCUGCCUGACUGCACUGUGCCAAGUGUAA